AUCAAACCGAAAAGAGCUACGCGAUCAGAACACUUUCAAGUCUUGCAACAAGCAUUCAAUCGCGGAAUACUGACAUGAGCAAGCGCAAAUAUGAAGAUGCGACUGCUGGAGUCGAGAUUCCUCCUGAUCUGCCGGUAUUGAAGAAGGCAAAAGUCAAAGAUGUCAACAAAGUCAAGAAGAGCAAGGAAGAACGCCGUGCUCUAAAGAAACAGCAAGAGACAGGGCAGGCCUCGAACAGCGAACAAAAUAAAGAUAACGAUAAUAUGCAAGAGGAAAGGGCACAGAAAAAGAGAAAGAGAAGGGCAGAUAAGUCGUCAAAGACUAGGGCAAAGAAAGAUGUUGCGAAGUCGACGUCGGAGGUUACAGAAGCUGAGGAAGUGCUGAACAAAGCAGCCAAAAAGGCUGCAAAGAAAGUUGCAAAGGCAAAAAAAAAUUCAAGCCUCAGAUUGGACGAUUCAACAGAAUCUGCAACACCUGUUGACAGUGUGUCGGCCGUGAGUUCGAUAGCGUUGUCGAAAGACGCCUCAUCUGCGACUAGCCCCGAGCCUGUUACACCUCAAGAGAUUGUCCGAACAGAUGAGGCAGUACCUUCUCAUAGCAGUUCCUUCUUCAAAAAGAACCAAGUCACUAUUGAUGAGCAUCCGUCCAUCAAGUCUGCACCACUCUCGCCAAUCACUGAAUUCUCUCAGCUGCCGUUCACAGACGAUUCUGAACGCGCACCCUUCGCUAAUUUUAAAGCACCUACACCCAUUCAGGCUGCAUCAUGGCCGUAUCUACUUGCUGGUCGCGACGUCAUUGGGGUCGCAGAGACUGGAUCUGGCAAAACGUGGGCAUUUGGCGUCCCAUGCGUACGAUACAUUGUAGCCCUGCCCAAUGACAUGAGGAUCGGGGUUAAAGCAGUUAUCGUUUCUCCAACGCGUGAGCUGGCACUACAGAUCCAGGAGCAGAUUUCAGUGCUCGCGGGGCCAGCUAAUUUGCGUUCAGUCUGUGUGUACGGUGGAGUAGAUAAAGCAGAGCAGCGAGCCGCUCUGAAGAAAGCCAACAUUGUUGUGGCGACACCAGGACGUCUCAAUGAUUUGAUCGAAGAGGGUUCUGCAGACCUGAGUGGAGCCCAGUAUGUUGUGCUUGACGAAGCUGACCGCAUGCUAGACAAGGGCUUCGAGGACGCUGUUCGUCAAAUCAUAUCAUCCACCUCCAUUAAACGACAAACUCUCAUGUUUACAGCCACGUGGCCCCCUUCAGUUCGUGAUCUUGCUUCUACCUUCAUGAAAACGCCAGUCAAGAUCAUCAUCGGUGAUAAUCCUACCGGCGAGCUCAGGGCAAACAACCGCAUUAAGCAGCUUGUCGAAGUCAUUGCACCAGAAGCAAAAAACGGUCGCCUUAUUCAACUUCUACAACAACAUCUGAGUGGCUCCAAAAAGAAUGAUCGUAUCCUGGUGUUUUGUCUUUACAAAAAAGAAGCUCAACGUGUGCACCAGUUUCUACAGAACAAAGGCUUCAAGGUAGCUGGAAUUCAUGGUGACAUGAGCCAGACACAGCGUAUUCAAAGCCUGGAGGAAUUCAAGAAAGGACGCUCUAAUCUUCUUGUCGCUACUGAUGUCGCCGCCAGAGGUUUAGAUAUUCCUGCUGUCAAAGUAGUCAUUAACGUCACAUUUCCCCUUACUGCUGAAGACUAUGUUCAUCGUAUUGGGCGUACUGGUAGAGCAGGUCAAGCCGGCCUUGCAAUCACAUUGUUCACAGAACAUGAUAAGGCGAAUUCUGGAGCUCUUAUCAAUAUCCUCCGAGCUGCUAACCAAGCGGUACCAGAUGCUCUGCUGAAGUUUGGUACUACUGUGAAGAAGAAGGAGCACGCAGUGUAUGGAGCCUUUUAUCGAGAUGUUGACAUGACGAAGAAAGCCACCAAAAUCACGUUUGAUUAAACGCGGUUGACAACCAUAAGAUAAGAACGGUCUACACUUGAGCUACCAAAUUUUAGAACCAUGAUAUACCUUUCUUCUGUGAAAUACGCUGAGUCUCUCCUAAAUAUGACAACGUGCAAUAUUCGUUUCAUUUUGCUCGUUCGCGACAGCAUAUUAUAGAUGUUAAGACCUCUCUUGAAGUUUUCAGCUGGAUAUAUCUCCACGAAGCAACUACAAGCCACUUCAAGCCACUUUUCAAUUGCAUUUUGCGACGCCUACGAUGUAUUGUACAUGUGAAAAUUCUUCUUCUGUAUAUAUUUUUCUUCCUAUAAAAUAUUUUGUGAUCUCGAGG